AUGUAUGAACUGCUUCAGCUCAAGGAGGAGGCAAAGCGAUCCAUUCUAUCUGUCCUUUUCGUCGGCUGGCUGGUGCGAGACAACUACGUGCAAGCCGUGGCGUGUCAGGACGGUCCGAACAAGCUGACGAGGACAACCUGGAGAGCCCUGCGGGACGCGCCGUCCUGCCCAGAGAUGGUCGAUGGCCUUCGAGACGUGCUCACAAGCUGGGAUCUUGAUUCGGCUCACUUUGUCGGCCAUUCUUUCGGAUCCAUCGUCGUGGACUGGAUGUGCAAGAACGCCAAGGAGACGGUCAAAAUCGCAACCUUCCUGUAUCCAGAGCGUUUCUUUCUCAUCAAGCCAAAGGCCUGCCACAACUUGAUGUGCCAGAACCCGGAGACUCCUACACAGCUGCUUCUACACUACUUCGUUGCACUUCGUUGCGCGCGAGCUCUUCAUUACGCGAAUUGCCCGAGAUGGAAGUUUCGAGAGGUGCGCUGGUUGUGCUGUCCGGCGAGGUCUUCAUUGCUCCAGCACAUCCCGUUCGCCGCUAUCCAGCUGGCUGGCUGCAGCAGAGCACAGACACCUUCAGGACUCUUUGAUUUCCGAAUCUCGGACAUGGGGAGAUGA